AUGGCACCAAAGCGAAAAGCGGCCGUCGUAGAAACGGUCGUGGCCGCCGCCGAGGUAGCCACGUUGACGCGUCGCAAGCUCCCACGACGAUCUACCCUGCAAGCAAAAAACGAAGCAACCGAGACUUUAACAGAAAUUACAUCAGAGAUCAAAGUCGUCGAGAAGCCCAAGAAAGCGCGCGCCGCGCGGAAGCCACCAGUGCGAGACGUCAGUGCAGAGGACGAGGCUGGCAAUGACGAGGAAGCGUCGUCGGCCGAGAGAGGUGCCAGACGUCCUCCGCCUGUCAACAGCGACGAGUUGCCACUGCCGUGGUCCGGACGCUUAGGAUAUGCUUGUUUGAAUACCUAUCUCAGGACAGCCAACCCGCCCGUAUUCUCAUCCAGGACAUGUCGCAUCGCAUCCAUCCUGGAACACCGCCACCCGCUUCUCGACCCCUCACAGCCCGAACACCCGACCAAGAACAGGCCCGACAAGUCCCAACCGGCCUCGGUGGCGCGCGGCCUCUUGUUUGUCCAAAGCCUGGGCCUCGCCAACGCCCGCGACAUCAUCCCGAUGCUGCGCUGGAACGAAAAGUACGGCAUCAAGUUCAUGCGCCUCAGCAGCGAAAUGUUCCCCUUUGCCAGCCACGCCGAGUACGGCUACAAACUGGCCCCGUUUGCCGCCGACGCGCUCGCCGCCGCCGGCCGGGUCGCCGCCACGCUCGGCCACCGCCUGACGACGCACCCGGGCCAGUUUACGCAGAUUGGCAGCCCGCGGGCGGAGGUAGUCGCAGCGUCCUUGCGGGACCUCGCGUACCACGACGAGCUGCUGUCGCUGCUGCGGCUGCCGCCGCAGCAGGACCGCGACGCCGUCAUGAUCAUCCACAUGGGCGGCACGUUUGGCGACAAGCAGGCGACGCUCGCGCGCUUCCGCGCCAACUACGCCCGGCUCCCGCGCGGGGUCCGGGACCGGCUCGUGCUCGAAAACGACGACGUGGCGUGGAGCGUGCACGACCUGCUGCCUGUCUGCGAGGAGCUCGACAUCCCGCUCGUGCUCGACUACCACCACCACAACAUCGUCUUUGACGCCGCGCGCCUCCGCGAGGGCACGCUCGACAUCGCCGCGCUGUAUCCCCGCAUCGCGGCGACGUGGGCGCGCAAGGGCAUCACGCAGAAGAUGCACUACAGCGAGCCGACGGCGGGCGCCGUCACGCCGCGCGAGCGCCGCAAGCACGCGCCGCGCGUCAAGGUGCUGCCGCCGUGCGCGCGCGACAUGGACCUGAUGAUCGAGGCCAAGGACAAGGAGCAGGCCGUGCUGGAGCUCAUGCGCACGUACAGGCUGCCGGGCUGGGACCGCGCGCGCGACAUUGUCCCGUACGAGCGGGAUGAUGACGAGCCGAGGCCGGCGCAAAAGGCGGCGGCUAAGAGGGCCAAGGGGGAAACAAACGGCGGGGAGGCGGUGGUGGCGGCGGAGGAUUUUGGCAUGGGAGGGCCGGAGAAUCGCGUGUACUGGCCGCUGGGAAUGGAGGAGUGGCUGCGGCCGAGGAAAAAGGGUAGUGAAAAGGAGGCGAAGGAGGUGGUGGAAUCAGAUAUCGAAGAAUAA